GUUCCCUUCAAGUGCUGUCCCUGGAGCCUCAUCCAUAGACUGAUAGGCAAACGUUAUCAGCUUACUCAGCAGCAGUAGGAAAUAAUUGUGGAUUGCAUUAAAUGCAGGACACCGAAAGUGUAUAUGUGCUCUACUUAUGCAGUCAUAGCUUAAUGCAUGGAACGACGCGUCAUAUGUUCGCUCCUGAACGUUGCUAUUCUCCUUUACAUAGUUAACUUUGUGCAUUCUCACUCUGAUGCCACCGGGUGUGACGGUUUCCUCAAUUUAAAAUUGUUGGAGCGCGCACUCCAUGCUUCCAGUUUAGUCAAAGCAAAGGAGAUGAGGUCCACUGGCCACGGAAGAGGGGCUAUCCAGGUGCUGGCACAGAAUGACAGCAUCCAGCCAUACGUACCGCCGUUGGAGCUCCAGUUCUCUGAAACAGGGGAGCAUCAGUCUAAUCAGCAGGCCGUCCUAGGCCGCAUAACAAUUGCAAGCAAGGAGGCCAUCCGAUACGUUCUGUUAAUGCGCAGCGCUAGUGUUGCUGAGGUUAUGUGCGUGGAUCUUGGGGUGAAGCCGCCUACAAGCAGUAGCAUUCGGGUGCACCCAGAGGCAGGCCUAGUGUCAGUGCAUUCAGUAUGCGUAGACAUGGGCCUGCCAAGGAGGCGGGCGUGGGCGCAGAGCCUCCGAGUUUUCAGCAAGGAGCAGGAGAAGUGGGUAGAAGUGAGGCGCCACGUGCCUGCUCACGACUUCCUGCGGUCCUGGACAGCUGCACGAUUCCUACCUGCUCAGUUACCAGUUCCAGAGCAACGUGGUGCGUCGCUAGAGCAUCAGCAAGGGCUAGAGGAGAAUCUGGAGCCUCAGCAACAGCAGCUCCCGCCCUGUGCACCCAAAGUCUCUGCUGCAUGCACAGUGCCAGGAGAUAUGACACUCAAGGAAAGCACCGAGGGUGCAAUGGCAAUUAAUGCAGGCGGCGGAGGAGUGGAGGGGGAUGGUAGAGCAGUAACCAAUCGGCCGUACACGGAGGUAGACAACAUCUGCGGGGCGUGGGAGGACAAGCUGGGUGGCGCAUGUGGGCUGGAGGGCAUGGGCGGGUCUAUCACGAAGGCAGGAAUUAAGCUUGCCUUUCAGAGCAUGAGCACCUUCCUUCACAUGGACAACUCCAGCGUUGUAUUCGACUUGGGUGGCGCUAUUGGCAGGAUGCUCCCGUUUGCCAAGGUGGCUGCAUGCGUGUCGUCGGCGUGGAUGGCGGAGUGCGAUGACAGCAAAAUCCAAAAAGCGGUUGCAUUCCUACCUCAGGUAUACGGCGACCUAAUAAAGAAAGGCUUAGCGGCCCCUGUGGGUCAGCUGGACACUUUGAUGGAGGUUAUCCACCAUGACAUGACCCGUGAGGCUGGUGGAUCUUGGGACCGGGUCCGUGCACGGCUUGCUGCGACCUCGCACAUCUACAGCUUCUGUGAGGGCAUUCCCCGCGAAGCAUUGGCGGUUACAGGCCGCGCCGUCAAGGACAGCACUGCCUUUAAGGGCUGUGUCCUGGUCUGCUACCAGGCUAACUGGUCUCACAACUCCACUUUGCAUGACACCCUUGGGCGCUCACCCCAUCCCGAGGAGGUGAUGGAGCUGGAGUGGGGCUUUGGCCCAAUGGUGCUGUUAUGCCGGCUGAAUGCGCGGCAGGAACGUAGGUCAUACGCGUAGCCAGAUAGCUUGAUGGUGACGGCGCCUGAUAACGGUUUGCACGUACAGGUGGCAAGGCAACAUACCCCAUGUGGGUGUUCGCUAGGUACACGGGGGAGAGCAGCAAGCGGCCGCCCAUGCUCCAAAAUCUCAGCGAUUAUCCAGACUCCAUUUCCAAAGCCCAGUGGUGGUGGCAGCGUCACACUGGUGCUGACUUGUCCGAUUUCCUUACAGACACCAGCCUACAGCUGCGGUUGGCUGUAGUGCAGAACGAACGUCUAACAGUAGCUGACCUUCCAACUGCCCUCGCUGACCGCUAUGCGUUUUAUACAGCACAGUCCGUGCCCCCAGGGCUGCUAGAAUGGGCGCUGGGGCUGUGCUUUGCUAACGAUGCAUCUUCUCUUUUAGACAAUGGGGUGCCAGGGAGCACACCGAAAGCCCUUGGUCGAAGGGGAAAGCUGAGCCGCUCUCAAAGAGACACGGCUAGGGGCAGGGAAGCAAGUAUGCGGAAGAUGGUGGAGCAGAAACGUGGAGAGUUUAGCAAUGCAUCUGUCCAGUUCAUCUUUAUCGAGGACCGAGGGGCAAAAGUACCUGUAGCAUAUGCAGCUUACAGGCCGGACCUUGAUGACGCGAAGCUAGUGCUGCGCCUGUCUGAAGUACGUGUGGAAGAGCGGGCACAGCGUGACGGUAUCGGCAGUGGCCUCGUCAGGGGCCUUGUACGCUUUGCGGAGCGGCUCCAACUUGCGGCGGUGGUCGUGACAGUAGCCGCUGACAAUGCCGGGGGCAAGAGGUUCUUUGAAGCAAUAGGAUUUGUGACACACGAGGGAACCAGCAAGGCCACUAAGCGGGAGACCUGCUUGGUUCUCUCCAUCCAACCACUUUCCUUCAAUCGUACAAUGGAGCCCGUGCAGCGGUACAGCCUGGAUGAGGUGCGCGAAAUGGAGCGGGCCGCAUCUCGGUUGCGGCCAGCGGCCGGCGCCGGUUGGAUCAAGCUUGGAGCGGGCGGGUUUGGCUCGGUAACAGCUGGUGUUACAGCUUCCGCACGCAGGGUGGCCAUCAAGCGGUUUACACUGGGCCCAAGCACCAGUACCGACGUCCUUCGUGCUAUCCGGCAGAACAUCACAGUGGGGAUGACCUGCUGUUCUGAGAACCUGUUGCAGCUCGUAGGGAUAGCCCAUAGCCCGGCGGGAUCGGUAACUGGUCUGGUCUGGGAGGAGGCGACCCAUGGCAGCCUGGAACCGCCAGGACCCAACCUGCCACUCCAGCAGGUUGUCGGGCUGCUUGCUGACGCCGCCAAUGGCGCUGCAGUGUUGCACGACGCAGGGCUGGUUCACAGGGAUAUCAAGCCUGCUAACAUCCUGGUCACUGAUCGUGGUCACGGCGUCGUCGGUUUACUAGCAGACUAUGAUGUGACCGUGGAGUCCGGCACGCGGUUUGGCUUGGUGGGCACCCCUGGCUACCGGCCCCCAGAAGCCGAGGGUCAGCCCGACCCACAGGCUACCACCACCUACCACACCCUGGCGUUUGACGUAUACAGCUUCGGAGCAACCUUAGCCACAGUCCUCUUCCGCACCAGUGCCGUGGGCCCUACCGUUUGCGCGGUACAGACUCAGCUGGUAGCCGAGUGCAGGUCCCUGGUGGAAGAAGUUCAGAAUGCAUGGGCUGAAGGCGCCGUGAUGCCGUCAUUUGAAGUGGUACGCAGACUUCUGGAUCUGGCCGCCGCAGCCCUCGUCAAAACCCCUGGAGGUCGCUUGCAGCAUGCAUGCGGCCCCAACUCUAAUAAAGCCGCGGGAGACUAUAUGCGUUUUAUAGCGAUACGGCUGCGGGAACUGGCAUCCGGGUUAACUAGGUGAUGGGGACUGAUUGCGCAGUGCAGUAGAUGCGGGGGGGAACAAGGAAAACUGACGAAUUUGCGGGGGGGUUGUUGUUUGGAAUGGUGGCAGUGGUGGUCUGUAGUAUCCAGUUAUGGUAGUUGGCAUGCGUGUGCUCCUAGUUUACUACUGCCCCGUUGCUUUGUAGGGGCUGUAUGAGGCGGCCACAACGGCCUGGCCGCCCACGUGUUCUACAACAGUUUGGUUAUGGUAGUUGGCAUGCGUGUGCUCCUAGUUUACUACUGCCCCGUUGCUUUGUAGGGGCUGUAUGAGGGCGGCCACCACGGCCUGACUUCCGUCAUGUCUAGGUCCCAUACACAGGGCAAGAGAGGCACCGCUUGGCCACCCAUGUGUUCUACGACAGUCUAUUUGGUUAUGGUAGUUGGCAUGCGUGUGCUCCUAGUUUACUACUGCCCCGUUGCUUUGUAGGGGCUGUAUGAGGCGGCCACAACGGCCUGGCCGCCCACGUGUUCUACAACAGUUUGGUUAUGGUAGUUGGCAUGCGUGUGCUCCUAGUUUACUACUGCCCCGUUGCUUUAUUUGUAGGGGCUGUAUGAGGCGGCCACCACGGCCUGACUUCCGUCAUGUCUAGGUCCCAUACACAGGGCAAGAGAGGCACCGCUUGGCCACCCAUGUGUUCUACGACAGUCUAUUUGGUUAUGGUAGUUGGCAUGCGUGUGCUCCUAGUUUACUACUGCCCCGUUGCUUUGUAGGGGCUGUAUGAGGCGGCCACAACGGCCUGGCCGCCCAUGUGUUCUACGACAGUUUGGUUACGGUAGUUGGCAUGCGGGUGCUCCUAGUUUACUACUACCCCGUUGCUUUAUUUGUAGGGGCUGUAUGAGGCGGCCACAACGGCCUGGCCACCCACGUGUUCUACGACAGUUUGGUUAUGGUAGUUGGCAUGCGUGUGCUCCUAGUUUACUACUGCCCCGUUGCUUUGUAGGGGCUGUAUGAGGGCGGCCACAACGGCCUGGCCACCCACGUGUUCUACGACAGUUUGGUUAUGGUAGUUGGCAUGCGUGUGCUCCUAGUUUACUACUGCCCCGUUGCUUUAUUUGUAGGGGCUGUAUGAGGGCGGCCACAACGGCCUGGCCACCCACGUGUUCUACAACAGUUUGGUUAUGGUAGUUGGCAUGCGUGUGCUCCUAGUUUACUACUGCCCCGUUGCUUUGUAGGACUGGCCACCCACGUGUUCUACAACAGUUUGGUUAUGGUAGUUGGCAUGCGUGUGCUCCUAGUUUACUACUGCCCCGUUGCUUUGUAGGGGCUGUAUGAGGGCGGCCACAACGGCCUGGCCACCCAUGUGUUCUACGACAGUUUGGUUAUGGUAGUUGGCAUGCGUGUGCUCCUAGUUUACUACUACCCCGUUGCUUUAUUUGUAGGGGCUGUAUGAGGCGGCCACAACGGCCUGACUGCCGUCAUGUCGUGUUCUACGACAGUCUAUUUGGUUAUGGUAGUUGGCAUGCGUGUGCUCCUAGUUUACUACUGCCCCGUUGCUUUGUAGGGGCUGUAUGAGGCGGCCACAACGGCCUGGCCGCCCAUGUGUUCUACGACAGUUUGGUUACGGUAGUUGGCAUGCGGGUGCUCCUAGUUUACUACUACCCCGUUGCUUUAUUUGUAGGGGCUGUAUGAGGCGGCCACAACGGCCUGGCCACCCACGUGUUCUACGACAGUUUGGUUAUGGUAGUUGGCAUGCGUGUGCUCCUAGUUUACUACUGCCCCGUUGCUUUGUAGGGGCUGUAUGAGGGCGGCCACAACGGCCUGGCCACCCACGUGUUCUACGACAGUUUGGUUAUGGUAGUUGGCAUGCGUGUGCUCCUAGUUUACUACUGCCCCGUUGCUUUAUUUGUAGGGGCUGUAUGAGGGCGGCCACAACGGCCUGACUUCCGUCAUGUCUAGGUCCCAUACACAGGGCAUGAGAGGCACCGCUUGGCCACCAAUGUGUUCUACGACAGUCUAUUUGGUUAUGGUAGUUGGCAUGCGUGUGCUCCUAGUUUACUACUGCCCCGUUGCUUUGUAGGGGCUGUAUGAGGCGGCCACAACGGCCUGGCCGCCCAUGUGUUCUACGACAGUUUGGUUACGGUAGUUGGCAUGCGGGUGCUCCUAGUUUACUACUACCCCGUUGCUUUAUUUGUAGGGGCUGUAUGAGGCGGCCACAACGGCCUGGCCACCCACGUGUUCUACGACAGUUUGGUUAUGGUAGUUGGCAUGCGUGUGCUCCUAGUUUACUACUGCCCCGUUGCUUUGUAGGGGCUGUAUGAGGGCGGCCACAACGGCCUGGCCACCCACGUGUUCAACGACAGUUUGGUUAUGGUAGUUGGCAUGCGUGUGCUCCUAGUUUACUACUGCCCCGUUGCUUUAUUUGUAGGGGCUGUAUGAGGGCGGCCACAACGGCCUGGCCACCCACGUGUUCUACAACAGUUUGGUUAUGGUAGUUGGCAUGCGUGUGCUCCUAGUUUACUACUGCCCCGUUGCUUUGUAGGACUGGCCACCCACGUGUUCUACAACAGUUUGGUUAUGGUAGUUGGCAUGCGUGUGCUCCUAGUUUACUACUGCCCCGUUGCUUUGUAGGGGCUGUAUGAGGGCGGCCACAACGGCCUGGCCACCCAUGUGUUCUACGACAGUUUGGUUAUGGUAGUUGGCAUGCGUGUGCUCCUAGUUUACUACUACCCCGUUGCUUUAUUUGUAGGGGCUGUAUGAGGCGGCCACAACGGCCUGACUGCCGUCAUGUCGUGUUCUACGACAGUCUAUUUGGUUAUGGUAGUUGGCAUGCGUGUGCUCCUAGUUUACUACUGCCCCGUUGCUUUGUAGGGGCUGUAUGAGGCGGCCACAACGGCCUGGCCGCCCAUGUGUUCUACGACAGUUUGGUUACGGUAGUUGGCAUGCGGGUGCUCCUAGUUUACUACUACCCCGUUGCUUUAUUUGUAGGGGCUGUAUGAGGCGGCCACAACGGCCUGGCCACCCACGUGUUCUACGACAGUUUGGUUAUGGUAGUUGGCAUGCGUGUGCUCCUAGUUUACUACUGCCCCGUUGCUUUGUAGGGGCUGUAUGAGGGCGGCCACAACGGCCUGGCCACCCACGUGUUCUACGACAGUUUGGUUAUGGUAGUUUGCAUGCGUGUGCUCCUAGUUUACUACUGCCCCGUUGCUUUAUUUGUAGGGGCUGUAUGAGGGCGGCCACAACGGCCUGGCCACCCACGUGUUCUACAACAGUUUGGUUAUGGUAGUUGGCAUGCGUGUGCUCCUAGUUUACUACUGCCCCGUUGCUUUGUAGGGGCUGUAUGAGGGCGGCCACAACGGCCUGGCCACCCAUGUGUUCUACGACAGUUUGGUUAUGGUAGUUGGCAUGCGUGUGCUCCUAGUUUACUACUACCCCGUUGCUUUAUUUGUAGGGGCUGUAUGAGGCGGCCACAACGGCCUGACUGCCGUCAUGUCUAUCUAGGUCCCACAUACAGGGCAAGCGAGGCACAGCUUGUCCAGCCAUGUACGGCUAGCAAAGGGAGCGACUGUGCCUGAUUGGCAUCCAGUAAACAUGCAUUGGUUCUGGAUGUGACCCUUAGGUCCCAUACACAGGGCAAGCGAGGCACCGCUUGGCCACCCACGUGUUCUACGACAGUUUAUUUGGUUAUGGUAGUUGGCAUGCUUUGUAUGUGACCUCUAGGUACAGGUGCAACUUCGUGCGCUUAAGCCGCAUUAAUCCGGUAGAGGCACAAAUGUUACAUUGGAUUAUGCGGUUGGAUCAAUGAUAAAUCCGAUGUAAUCCGUUUGUAUCCGCAUGCACGCGCC